AUGCCUUCGAGUCCAUUUGCGCUUUUCAGCUUCUCUCAGCCGGUUAUUUUCCGCUUACAAGCCUUCUUCCUCGGUGCGAAGAUAGUAUCCACUAUUUUCUCAACCUACCAACUCUUCGCCACCGAAACCACUCUGCCACUCCCAACCUCACUUCCCGUGAACGUUGAGGUCCCCACUCAGACGUAUCCUGUCUACUUCGUCCCCACACCCUGCUCUUUCUACGUUCCCACAACGUCCAUCCAAAGUGCCACAGCAGCCACACUUGUCGUUGUCUUUGGGGUAAUCUCUGCGGGACUUGGAAUAUGUCGUGGAUAUGGUUGGCAAAGAGGUCGUUUGUGGACCAUCAUGGCUGGCUUAGCCACGGCUGCGAUUCUUAAGCGCUUCCCACUUGAAUAUCAAUUCGUUGCCCAUCCUGAUUUGAAGCGUGUUCUCAUCAACCACCCAUUCAACCUCACCGCAUGGUUCCUUGCCUUCAGCGUCCGCGGUCUACGUUUCUAUGCAGCGAAGGCGUUUUGGUCUACUCUGGUCGCAGCCUUCAGCCACGUUGGAUGGAUUGUUUUUGUCCAAGCGACUAGAAAACUGUUUACUUGGCGUCAUUACAUGCCACGAAUCGCCUUAAACCUCCUAGACCACGCUUAUGUGACUCAUCUCCUUCCACUGUCCGUAAUGCUCUGCCUUCCAGCCCUGCGCCCACUCUGGUGGAUUCUUUACCAAUACUCGGCUGACUGCAUAUGGGGGCCACCCACCAUCAAGCGUUUCAAUGAGAUUCUUCUCUGCAUUCUGUAUCGUCGCGAGGUUUACUUGGGAUGGAGUCCCGCUGUAUCUAACGCUCUCUUGACCUCCGGACUCCUCGUUACUCUCCGGGUGGUGCUGCUUGCUGUCCAGCUGUUGGUUCACACCGCGGAAGCAGUCUAUCUUGUGGAUGACUUGCCACGUUUCAUUCUGGGCGGCUUGUCGAAUGGGUUUCUGAUCUAUUCCUUGGCCAUGGCAGAGACUUCGAAGUACAACCUGAACAUACUGCAACUGGUGCGGAAUAAAGAUGUGUCUUUCUGGGAUGUGGAGAAGCACAUGUUCCUUGUCAUAAUGGAAGAGAUGAAGCGCUUUCGAAGCAAACAACACGAAGACCUCGUUGCGUUAAGACAAACAGUCAGUCAGGUGGCGAUGGAGAGCUAUGGUCUCUGGAUGCGGCUGGGUCUUACUCACCUAAUCGUUACGAUUACCCCAGUGGUAGUCUUGUUUAUUUAUCACGAUCUGAUUCCAUUUACUCGUCACCUCAAGUGGAAAUAUCGAGUUUGGCGCCGUCGUCGUCACCAGCAAGUGAUUGAAUAG